AUGACUGAUAAAUUAAAAGAUCUGAAAAUCAAAACUGGUGUUGCUAAACGAACAUGGAAAGAAUAUUUAUCAUAUAAAAAAGAAUAUGAUAAUGAAAAACGUAAGGUUGAAAAAAUGACAACUGAAGGUCGUGAUGAAUAUGAUGUUAAAAAAGCGAAUGAAGUAUUGAAAGAAACGGAAUCAAUGAUUUCUCAUACAAAAAGUACUUUCAUCAAAGCAUGGAAAGAAUUUGAAAAUGUUUAUACUGCAGCUGGUAAUGAUGAUACAUUAAAACAAUCGAAAGAAUAUGAAGAAGCACAUAAAAUUCAUGAUGAAGUUGAUAAAGCUCAACAAGAAGAUCGUGCUGCAUCAACAUGA